GGACGAAUGCUUUCUAUUGUGCUCCUGUAAAAGUUUAGAACCAGAGAAGGUACUUCUUUCUUAAGCUUCCUCAGGAAGAAAAGCACCUGGAGUUCGGUCAAACUACAAUGAAUUGGUUUAAAAACAUCGUGCUCAUAUCUCAUUUUAUCUUAAGUGGUGAUUUUGUUAGUGAUGAAAUGAAGCCAGAUGAAGUACAGUCAUUGUCAGUGAUGGAGGGAGAUUCUGUUACUCUAUACACUGAUAUUACUGACAUACAGAGAGAUGAUCUGAUACUGUGGAUGUUUGGACCGCAAGAGGUUCGAAUAGCUCAAAUAUAUAUGAAAGACAUUAUGUUUACCAUGAAGGAGAUAUUUGGAGACAGACUGAAGCUGGACAGUCAGACUGGAUCUCUCACCAUCACAAACAUCUUAAUCAAACACACAGGACUUUAUAAACUACAGAUCUUCAGGAAAAUGGCCACUAAGUACAAGAGAUUCAGUGUUAAUGUCUAUGCUCCUCUGUCGGAUCCUGUCAUCGCCAGAAAAUCUUCAUCAGGAAAAUCAUCAAGCUCAAAAUGUGUGUUAUUGUGUUCGGUGUUGUAUGGGAAAGAUUUGAGUCUGUCCUGGUACAAAAGAAACAGUUUAUUGUCCAGCACCAGUGAGCCUGAUACAAACAACAAACUCUCUUUACCUCUGGAGGUGGAUUAUCAGGAUACAAACACAUACAGCUGUGUGGUAAACAAUCCCAUCAAACACCAAACUCUACAUCUCAACAAUGUUGAUCAGAAAUGUUCAGGACUUUCUCUCUCUGAACUCAAGCAUCCUCUUGUAGGUGUUAUUGUGUUGUUGGUUUGGCUCAUACUUUAGCGACGGUGGUAAAUGGACUGCAUUUAUAUAGCACUUUUAACAGACCCAUGGCCAUCCAAAGCACUUUACAAUUUUUACCUCACAUUCACCUAUUCACUCACUCAUUCAUACACCAACGGUGGUGUCAGCCAUGCAAGGCCCCUUCCAGCUCGUCGGGAGCAGCUGGGGUUUGGUGUCUUGCUCAAGGACACCUCGACACUUGGUCAGGUGGAACCGGGGAUUAAACCACCAACCUUACGAUUUGUAGACAAACUACAUGAACCACUGAGCCACAGUGCGUAACUGUUUCAAGCAGCAAGAGAAGGCGAGUGCCUACAUGGAAAAAUGUGAACUAAGGGUGAUGUUGAAGCAGAUCACGCAGAAUCUUUUUUGCUGUUGCACUGCUACUGUAGAUUACAUGCGUGAAUACUGCCAUAGAUACUAGUAGUGGUCUGCAUGUGUAAGUGCACGUCAACGCGGACAAAGACGCCGAAGUAUAUAUGAAAGUCAACGUAUAGAGCUGUAGCACCCACAAACAAAACAUGGAGAAGCAAGAGCUUGUUGUGUAUGAUUUGAGAAAGACCAUGAGUGGGGAAAUAGACAGUUUAAUCGCUCGCAACUUGGCCCAUCUUUGUUCUUACCAUUCCAAGUGGAAAUGCCAAAAAAGAAAUGUCUGACGGGAGAGGUUUAGGUGGACCAAUCACAACCCAAAAGUGAACCUUUGUAAGGGUUUAUGUCUGGUGUACUGUUUGUUUUGUUAUUAGGUCUUUUAUUUUGACACCCUGUUCUGUUCUGACUUUUAUUUUGAUAUCAUCUCAUGCCAUGCUUCACUUCCCACUUCCUGUGUUUUUGUAUUUAACCGGUAAGAUCUGUUUACUCCCCGCUAGGGAUGCUCACAUUGACCGUUUAACCGUUAACCGAAGGUAAGAAUGUAUGACCGAUUAACAUUAUCAGUUAAAAUAAAAAAAUAUUUGUUAAUACAUGGUGCGUGUCGUCAUGAGCCGACAGACAUUUCGCCACUUUUCUAUCUUUAAUUUGUGAAUGUCCUGUAAAUGACACAAAUGAUUGCUGCCCUGACGGUCUGAUCAUUUGUAUGCGUGUUUGGAAGCUGAACGGAGACGCGCGAGUGUCCCGGACCAUAACAUGUGAGCGAAGCUCCCCUAAAUAUUCCGCUCUACUGUUCAAGCGCUCCACUCAGUCGCUCACCGCCCAAGCAAGCGCUCCGUUAACUUUCCGCUCACGCUAGCAAAUAAACCAAUUCCCAUUCAGAUCCCGCUCCGACAUAAAAAUAAAUUUAGUAAACCUAAUUGUUUUCUGUACUGACGUUCUUGGAUAAUUGCAUUUAAUUAAAGUAUUAGCUGAUAAAUCGCAGUUAUGUACAGUUGUGUGUUGGCUAUUAGACCUAGUUUAACUGAUACGGUGCUCCGGAUAUAAUUCAAAUUAACAAAUUGUUUCCACGACAUCCACGUUUUACUAAUUCACAAUUUUAAGUAAUAAUAAAUGUAAUAAGUAAUUACGAAAUAUUAUAAUAAUUCGUUCCCCAACGAACUAUACUAUCAUAUAAAUAUAUUAUUUGAAAAAACUAAAAUAAAUUGAAGAACAAUUUCAAGUGCAAAGUGCAAAUUUACAGUGCAUCAGUAAAUACAGAACACAGCUGUGUCUUAAAGAAAUUAAAAUUAGACAGUAUUUAUGAACCUGUAAAUGUACAAAACGAAUGCAAUACAGAAGGCCAUGAGUAUUUAUUUAUGGCAUUUUCAAUAGUAUAUUAGUAGCUAAAUUAACGUGUAUCUAAUAUAGUAUGAAAACGAAUAAAUCAUUAUUUUGGCUAAAUUCAUCUGGAUAGAUCAUUUUAGUCAGACUGAUUUGUCAACAUUUCAGAAGCUUAAAUGCUAUCUAAAACAACUUACAUUUUAUCCCGAGUGUUACUUGGUCGAAAAUAUGUAGAAAUAUAGCCUACGCGAGAGCAAAUUACAGAACAAAAAUGUUUAGCUCACGCGGACCGAACGAAAAGCCGUUAAUUAAGCGGACUCUGUAAAAUAGAGGACGUGCUGAAUCAGUCGAGUCGGCAGAUUAUCAUCAAUGUUUAUAAUGUUCAUCGCAUGCUGUUGAUGAAAAAAAUUAAUAUCUAAAUGUCCAUGGAAGAGUCAAGUGUUCAGUCAGUUAAUACUAAAGGCACCGGCGUUUUUGGCUGAAGCUUCCUCAUCCACGGAGCGGAGAACUAUACAGGUUUUUAUUUUAAGUGGUUUUAAUGCUGGUAAGCAAUCAGUUAUAUUAUGGCGCUUUGUAUUUGUGUGGAUCAGUUAGAUUAAAGUAAUUUUCAUCUUUAAAACUGCAUCUAGAUGCAGACGACGCUACAUUUAUACUGUCAUCUUAGUUUCAUUUCUUUCAUUUCUAUAUAAGGCUGGCGACUUCAUUAAAACAAUAUUUGAACUCCAUAACUUAUUGCUAUAGAUUCUCGAACUAUCAAAUUACCAAAGCAUACUGGGAUGAGCGAGCGGUGCUGCGUAUUGAGCGAGCGGAGCGGAAACUUCGGAAAUGCGCUCUGCGCUCUGAUGGAAAUAUUACCACUCCGCUCCCGCUCCGCUCACAUGCUUGCACAAACGGAGAAAGACGACGCAAAAACAAAACUUUCUGAAAAGCAUCCUGCUUUAGAAAUGACCACUGUUGUAGAUGAAACGGAGACAAUCUGCCCUUUUUGGAUAUUAAUCCUCUGGACUGAUCGCGUGCUUUUUAAUAAGGUGAAUAUAUUGCGUGAAUAUCUGAUAAUGUAUGAAUCCUGGUUCUGUUGUUGAUCUGUCGCUGCUGUUUGCACGUUCAAAUUAAAUCUUUUGUUUUUACUAGUUCACAGACAACCGUCAACUGUAUUUUUACUGAAUGACAAUUUCAUAUUAAAAUCUUAUCAGUUAACGGUUAAUGUUCGGUUUAGAAGCUACGGUUGUCGGUCGGGAAAAUUAACUGAUAUGAGCAUCCCUACUCCCUGCUGAUUAUUGUUAGCCUACCUAGUGUUAUUCUGUUUACCUGUUCCUGUAUCUGUUCCUGUUUUGACCUGUUGCCUGUUUAUCUGGAUAUUGAUUGUUUGCUGCUUGCCCUGACCUAUUGCCUAUUAUUUGGAUUACUCUUUUGGAUUGCCCCAUUUGGAUAUGUUUGCCUGCCCAUUGUGGAUUUCACUAAUAAACCUCUUUUGCACAUGGA